AUGUGGCAAAUGCAAACACUAGUGUUUAUUAAGAUGACAGAAGAAUGGGAACAACUUCAUUUGGAACUGAAGAAGUUGCCACAAGGCGUUGAAAGCGUUCCACAGUACUUGAGACAUUUAAACAAAAUGUUUGCCGCUGAUUUCGAAACUUCGAUGUCUAAAAGACUAGAUGUUAAAUUCUGGAACAAACUGAAAUCGAUGAUGAACGAAAUGCGAAAAGCAUCCGAAAAGGAUAAAGUCGUCGAUUUGAAUGUUCAGAAUCUCGCACUAGGAUUCCUCACAGAUCUUUCGCUCCUUGUUCAUUCCAACUAUGAAAUUCCGAAUUUCGGAGAAGAUAUUUCCUCACAAUUGACAUGGACGCCAUGUACUUAUGGGAAAAGAAAACCAGUGAAAUCUAAAACGCACUGUAGAGUUUUCAUAGCUUACAUUUUGUUGAGAAUGGGUGAUCUGAUAAGAUAUAAGGAAAUUUACCCGAAGGCAAAAGAGUAUUACGAGCAAUCGUGUAGAAUUAAUCCAGCAGAUGGAGCAGUGUGGAAUCAGUUAGGAUUGAUUUCCGUAAUGAGUGCCAAGCUCCUAGAAAGUACAUAUUUCCACACACGAGCACUCCACGCUACACUCGAAUUCCCAGCCGCAUCUGGAAGUUUGACUUCAAUUUUCAAAAAGUUUGCGAAUCGAGAUAUCUCGAAACCAAUGCCAAUCAACGAACUUUAUCUCGCGUGCCUUGCCAAAAUUCAUUUUCUAUUGGAAAUCGAAAAUUCUAAGGACAAUCUGCAAAAGAUCAGUGAGAAAGCAGCAAUUUCGAAAGAGAUGCUGAUACCACUUAUGUCGGUUUAUGAGCAUUUAGAAUAUGGAACUGAAAUUGAACAACGGGCUGUUCAAUACGUCACCACUCUUUGGCAGAAUUCGUACGAAAUUCUUUUGAAAACUAUGGUGGAUGAUGAUGAACAUCGACCAGAGUAUUUGCAUCUCCUCGCAUUUUAUCACAGUGCUCCAAAACUUUUGGAAAACUCUGACGACUCGAAAUAUUUCAAGUGUCUUGAAAAACAUCAAUACCCAAUCAAAAAAAGUUACCUGAUAAGAAUCUUGCAAGGAAAUUAUCUUGAAGAAUCAUUGCAAGACGAGUCUUCAGAAUUUGAUACUUCUACUACGACGAGUACUUCGUCUCCUACAAAGUCUCCUAGGAAGGCUCCACGUGUCCCGAAACCAGAAUCUUCAGAUGAAGAGUGUUUGCAACGAGGUCGUCGACGUGGCAGAGCAGUCUUGAAUGAAUCAGUGGAUUCGGAUGAAGAGGAUUUCUAA